CCAUAUAUCGGUCGUAAUCUGUUUAGAAAGGGAAUUAAUUGAAAAGGAUACUUCAAAUACGUUUAAUACAAAAAUAAAACUUAGAACUUUUCAUCAAUCAUUGAUGAUGGAUUUCACGGAUGCAGACAUGAAGGAAGCUAAAACUUUCGGAGAGUUUUACAUUAACAAAAUAGAGAAUCAUAAAAACCUGUUCAAGUAUUACCUAGCUGAUAAUGUGGUUUUGGAUUGGUUCGGACAGACAGUCAGAGGAGACAAAAAAGUUAACGAAUUUCUGAAGAAGACGUUAGCUUCAGUGAAUCAUCUGCUGUCCGAUGCUGUGCCUGCGAAGAAGAUAGGUUUCAGAGAUACUCACAUUAUCAAAGUGCCAAAGGAACCCAAAGUGAUACCGAUCGGUCUGAUGAGCCCUCCAAGGACUUUCCUACCGAAAAACCAGACGAAAACGCCGAAGAAGCAGUCAAUAGCUUCUACGAGUCGUCAUCGAUCGCCGAGGGAGAGAAGAGAAAGCGAUAGCGUAAACCAGGAGGUGUCGGAGUUUCCCACUUCGCCCGCCAAGAAAAUGAAGACGCUCGCGGGGGACUUUGCUGAAAUGAAUUCGGAAACUGUGGAAGACGAAUACGAUACCAUCACCACGCCUUCCCAAAAACUGAAGUACAUUGUAUCAGAAGGCUCCGUAGAAUUUCACAAGCCGAGUUUAAAAAAACUGCAAGCAGAGACGAAAUGGCGAAGGCCCUGUAAAUUGAGUAUAGCGUAUUCUUCUACGAACUGCACCGACUACACCAUUUACCUGAUUAUAUACGAGGGUAACAACAAGUGUCGGCGAAACCUGAUGAAGGAGUUCGAAGCCGAAGAGCAGGAGAACUGAACUUUUCGCGUAAAAUUUUCUAUCGAUGUCGAGUUGGGCCUGCAAUCCAUGUGAGGUAGGAGGUUUUGUCGAUGUUGUUUUUUUGGUGAGGGGCAUUUUGUUAAGUGAAAAUUGAAGCGAUUGAAAAUGGGGAGGGUUUCUAUUACAGGUACCGGACUGAGUCAUGGCCGGUGGGAUAAAUUGUACAUACAUACUUAUUGUAUUGAGGAAGGGGCUUCUCACCCGCCAUGACUCAGUCUGGCAGCUGUAGUUACCAAGAGGUGUGUUUGAUAGACCAAUAGGUAUCCUAUCAAAUUGAAUCUAUUUAUAUUUUAUAGCUCUAUGUAAAUCAGUCGUACUGAAAACAUACUUUUGAAUUAUCAGUCUUGUUUACUUCAGAUAUAAUCAUAGAAUUGAAUUUGAAAACUUUUCUCACUUGAAUUGUACUCAGUUCGAAUCUAGUCACUAACACAUUCUUUCAAACAAAAAAUUCGAGUUAUUUGUUAUCCUGCAAAUUAAUUUUUUUGAAUUGCAAUUUACCUUUUUGAAAAUUCAUUGCCUCUAUAAUCUACCUCACGUGGAUCGUGAUCCCCGUAGAGUUUUUUUGUUGAUUUAUUAUCGGUUAUUGAUAGGUUUAGUGCAAUUGUUUGUUGAUUAUUAGAUGUUUAUGUUUCCUAUGACGAACAUUGCAGGUGUGUAUCUUGUUUUGCAAUUAUUUUUGUUGGUCGUACCUGUUCAGUGCAAAUUGUGUAUGAUAGAAUUUUCUUAUUUGUGAAAUCUGAGGAACUGUAUUGAUAUGAUUAGAUAGAUUUAGAGUUAUUUUCUGUGUAGGCGAAAGGCACAGACAAUUUCGUUGCAUUUUUACAGAAAUAUGAAAUAUAUGGUCUGUCAAAAUUAAAACAACGUGAAGAAAUUGAAAUUUGGAAAAAUGUUCCAAUUUUUUAAAAAUGAUUAAACUGGAAGAUCAUAAUUUACCAGAAUGUAUAAAUAGAAAUGAGUGAAUUUUUGAAAUUGUCUGGACCUACAAAGACAUGCUGUGAGUAUGUUGAUUCCCUAUUCUUUCCUUAGACUUUUGUAUAUUUAUUGAAACUGGGAAUUGAAAAUUCCAAAAGCUCUUUAAAAACUGUUCAAUAAUUGCCCGAAGGGACCAAAAUAUAUUCUGAAAGAACCAAAAUUUUAUAAAAUAUUCGUAAUUGUUCAUGAAUAUGGCAUUAUCUGAUAAUUUGAUAGCAAAUUGUGAUUAACGGUUUUUGGAUGUCAGGACAUUGCCAAACUUUGAUGGGAAUUUAUUUUCGUGAAGUACCUGACGAAUUGGUUUCGUGUAAGUAUCAACAAUAUUUUGUUGGAUUCCUAUUUCAAAUUGAUAAUAUUUUCCUAUUAUGUUGUUUGGAUUGGAAAUUGUGGAUAAGUGUUGAAAUUAUGAAAAAACCUGAAAUAAACAGAUAGUCUGAAAAAU